AUGGCUGAUGACGAAGAAAAUGAUCCAACAGCGCCAUUUAAUGAAUUGGAAGCAUUUGACUCACUUUGGGCAGCUUUAACCUGGACACAAAUAAAAAAACGUGUGCCAAUAUGUUUCAAAAAAACCAUUCAUAAUCGAUAUUUUCUUGCAAACUUUGUCUAUCUUCUCUAUGCAAUCGGAAUUAUGAUCAUUGAUUAUGAUCCGUGGAUCAAUGGAUCAGCUGAACCCGAAGUAUUUGUUAACGUGUCGAAUGAAACAUCGACUGAAAUAACAGAAGAGGGUGUAUCAAUAGUCAAUAAAAUGUACCUUGGAUUGGCUAUUGUCCAUAUGAUAUCCGCAGCUUUAUAUUGGUGGGCAUGGAAAGAUCAUUGUUGGAAUGAUGUUAUUAUGAUACCGGAAUAUUUGAAUUUGGUUGAAGCAAGUUUAUAUCUCUGGUCUGCAGUUUGGUAUCAAAACGAAGAUGGUCUAUAUGGUCCUUAUACAUUAGCUUUACAUAAACUGGAAACAGUCGCAGCAUUUGUGGAACUAUUCGCUUCGUUCGGCUGGAUAAUGUCAUGGUAUCGAACAUACACGCGGGCAUUGGGACGUGGUUUUACCUUUGAAGAUCCUGAUACAGUUGCAUAUACAUUAACAACAUUAAGUUCAUUUAUUUAUAUUGCGUAUAACAUUCAAAUUCUGAUGAAUCCCGAUGGAUACGGAACAAAUACACUUUAUUAUAAUGGAGAUAUCAUUUAUUCAAUCGGUGCGAUUUUUUAUUUAUGGGCGAAUUUGCGUGACGACGGAUGGUUAUGGUGGAUGCCCGUUGCGGGACAGUAUGGAAUAGCAGCGGGAAGAAUACAAUCAGGAAAACCUGUUCGAGCUGGUUUACCUCAUAUUUUAAUGGGUGGCAAUGAACCGUGUUUGAGAUGUCUUCGAAAAUGUUUGCGGAAAAAUCCGAAUGAAGGAGAUGCAAGCGUAGCACCUGUCGACGAGAAAAUUUAA